CGUGGGCCCGCCUCCCUUGGGGAGAGGCUCCGUUCGAGCUCCCGCGGUACAGAGCCGAGCGGCGGGGAGAGAGCAGUGAGCGUUAGAGCCGCGCGCGUUUGCACGCACGCACACGCAGGUAGAGCAGGGCAGGCGGUGGAGAUGACGGAGAGCCCAGCCGCCUCGUCGCCCCUGUCAGCUAACGAGUGCGCGAGCGAAUGAUUGAGUUUAAGCGCAGUCGCCCGUCCGACGCCGACGCUGCAACAUCGGCGGCAGCAGCAGCAGCCCCCGUGCCCGAGCGCCGCGCCGCGGGGGAGGAGCCGUUGGGGCCCUCAUGCCCGGCCGAAUGAAUGGGGAGAGCAUGAAGUGCCUCACCUUCUUCCUCUUGCUUCCAGAGGCGCUCAAGAAAUCCAAAAAGGUCACCGGCAAGGCCAAGAAACUGCCGCCCGUGUGCUAUGAGUUCGUGUCCCUGAGCCUGAAGAAGAAGAUGGCAGCAGAGCUGUACGGCUCAUCUACCAAGGACAUGGGCGUGCAGGGCUUGGGUCCUCAGCAGCAGCAGCAGCAGCGCAACCUCAACGUAAACAACAACCACGUGCAGAGCUCCAACUGGCAGGGCCUCUACGCCACCAUCAGGGAACGAAAUGCUGUCAUGUUUAACAAUGAGCUGAUGGCUGAUGUGCACUUUGUGGUGGGUUCUCAAGAGGAGUCCCGCAGAGUACCUGGACACAAGUAUGUACUGGCUGUUGGCAGCUCGGUUUUUCAUGCAAUGUUCUUUGGAGAGCUGGCUGAAAAUACAGAAGAAAUACACAUCCCAGAUGUGGAUCCUGCAGCAUUCUUGACAAUGAUGAGGUACAUCUACUGCGACGAGAUUGAACUGGAAGCAGAUACGGUGCUCGCGACCCUUUACGCGGCAAAGAAGUAUAUGGUCCCCCACCUGGCACGCGCGUGCGUCAACUUCUUGGAGACGAGCCUAAGCGCCAAGAAUGCCUGCGUGCUGCUGUCACAAAGCAGACUCUUUGAGGAGCCGGACCUGAUGCAGCGCUGCUGGGAGGUCAUAGAUGCUCAGGCCGAGCUUGCGCUCAAGUCGGAAGGCUUCUGUGACAUUGACUUCAACACGCUGGAGACCAUCUUGAAGAGGGAGACUCUGAAGGUGAGGGAGUCCAGCGUGUUCGAGGCUGCCCUCAGCUGGGCCGAGGCAGAGUGCCAGCGUGGGGGAAUAGUGUCCACGCUGGAAAACAGGCGGCGCGUGCUGGACAAAGCUCUCUACCUCAUCCGUAUCCCAGCCAUGCCCGUGGAAGAGUUUGCUAAUGGUGCUGCCCAAUCAGGCAUCCUGACGCUGGAGGAAACCAAUGGCAUAUUCCUGUGGUACACAGCCAGCAACAAGCCCAUGCUUGAGUUCCCCACGAUGCCCAGGAAGGGAUUGGUCCCCCAGCGGUGCCAUCGCUUCCAAUCGUCGGCCUACCGCAGUAACCAGUGGCGCUACCGUGGCCGCUGCGACUCCAUUCAGUUUGCUGUGGACAAGCGCGUGUUCAUUGCAGGCUUUGGCCUGUACGGCUCCAGCUGUGGCUCAGCCGAGUAUGCCGUCAAGAUUGAGCUGAAGCGGCAGGGCGUGAUCCUGGGACAGAACCUGACCAAGUUCGUGUCAGAUGGCUCCAGUAAUACAUUCCCCGUGUGGUUCGAGCACCCUGUGCAAGUGGAGCCGGACACGUUCUACACGGCAAGCGCCGUGCUGGACGGGAACGAACUGAGCUACUUCGGGCAAGAGGGCAUGACGGAGGUGCAGUGCGGCAAGGUCACUUUCCUCUUCCAGUGCUCGUCGGACAGCACCAACGGCACUGGCGUGCAGGGAGGCCAGAUCCCAGAACUGAUCUUUUUCGCCUGAUGCGGGUGACCAUUUUCGGCAGUUACAUCUCUAAGCACUUGGUGGUUAGGGCUUUAGUCUAACAAGCUUCUGUAUAAAGUCAUUGAUGUAUUUGAAGUAUACUUGUCAGAGAGCUAUACAGUAUAUAUAUCCAUACCCUGUUUGUAGAACGCUUAAUGAUUGUAUAUUAUUGUAUUGUAGGUGCAUUUUGUGUAAUACAAAUGGUUUACAUGUACUGAAUGUGUGAACUGGUUGUUUGCAAGAGUGGUAAAUCUGGAGAUAUCUGCCCACAUGGCUGGCUUGAAGUACUGUAUUUGGCAGUGUUAGAACAAGUAUGUAAAAUAACUUGCGUGCACACGUGAGUAUUUACAGUUGUUGACUCCCCCCCCUUCGGAAAGCGGCUGUCUACCCAUAUUGUGCAGUUGUGUAACGUGCACCAUUCGUUUCUGUUGUAUCUCGCCGAGUGCUAGCCUUGUAGCGUGUGCACCAUCGCUCUGUUUGCCACGCAUUGACUAAAUAAAGAAAACACAUGUCACCUUUGAUGGGUGUGUUUAUUCUACCAUUUGAGUUUUUAAAACAUUUAUUACAUGUAACAAACCAAAUACCAUUAUAUACGGUUUUAUCAAGAGCAACUAUUAACUUGUUUUAAAACGUCAACGGAUUUUUGGGAAAUGUUGAGGCAAUUCAUAAAUGUUUGGGUAGAUCGGCGGCCAUAGCUAGCACUAAUUAUUUUUAUCUGGUCUUGGGCACCUCCUUCAGCCCACACUAGCCAGUGUGGUUAAGUAUGGUCGGACAGAAUGGCAAAUAAAAUAAGCGUCUUUCUAAGACAUCGAGCAAUUUUACAGAGCAUGGAAAUAACCAACCUUGAAAAUGAUUAUGAAUCAAUGAGAGCCUCUUGGGCACCACAGCCCACCUCUCCCAGUCUACCAAUCUUUGCCAUCUGUUUGAAAGUUUAAGAAUGCGGGAGAUGCAUCUGUUGGUUGGAUGAUGUGCAGAGGGAAUGUUCAGAGCCCUGGAGGCCUCAAGUUGCUCAUUCCUGCUUGAGUGGAAUGCUGGGCAGCAGGGGACAGGUGCGUGGACCUCCACACAUGGCUGCAUUUCACAAAUUCAGUAGAUAAAUAUAAAUAUAGAACGCCUGCAACAGGUGCCUAUUUUUUGAAACAUUUGUGCAUGGCUCGCACACGUAACAAGCUAGUGCACUCGUUAACUAGGUUACCCCAUUUGUGCCUUGCUUUUGAGAGGCGAUGGGUGGCACAAUCAGAGAUGCCGAGGCUGCCAUGCACUGGUUUCUCAAGGACACCUGCGACGCACCAAUGUUUUUCAUAUGAAAACGUAUACUCAAUCUAAAAAAAUCUUUGCCACCAUAAUGAUUCUGCCUUCAUUGAGUUGAAUAUUACUUCCAAGUGCUGUCCUUUGUACGGUUGAAUAUUGACAUAUGCAGGAUUCUGACAUGUCAGGGCCAAAACAAGUCCGAAGGAGCAGGCGAAGUCCUUUCAUUACUGCAAAGCAUACAUCGAAAACGUAUUCUUCAAAUAGAAAUUGCGAGCAUUAUUUAAAUGUGACAAUGAACAACUUUGUUAAUGCAGUUGAUGGCAGGUACUGUGCAAGGGUUUACUGACUGUUGCAAACGAUUUGCUAAAUGCCAUCAGCCUUUUAAAUCCCUUGUACAAUGGUAAUGCUUUCGUGCCUAUUGCAGCCAUUAAGCUGGUUGAAGAUGAGAACCGGUCAUCACGCCUGCUGUUCCGCAAUGAAGCUCAAUGCCACUUAUAGUUUAAUGGCAGCUGUGUAAUGUAAAUUGGUGUAGAGCACUCCAUUGCACACAAAUAUAAUAUGCAGACUUCGUGAGGAAGCAGAGCUAUAAGUGCCACAGUGGACUUCGCAUUCGCGGACUGGAGAUAUGCUGUAUAUAGAUUGUGUGAGUUUACGAAUGCUUAGCAACGUGUUAAUAAAACAUUUAAGAGA